AUGUUCAAGGCUUUCGUGUUAAGUUGCCUCAUCAUUCUCCAUGUCUCCCAAGGUGAAGCAUCAGGAGCGGAUUCUGAAGAAGAUCAGCUUACCCAGUCCAAAGAAGGGAUUGGCAGCAUUGGAGAGCCCAGCGAUGUUGGCUCAGUUAUGAUUGCUGGCGAGGUCUCGGUGGAGGAUCCAGUCUCGCGCGAGGAUGCAUCAGAUGAUGCAGAUGGUUCAGUUGUCCGAUCAAAGCGGUAUUACGGAUGCGGAUGCUUCAACUGUAGGUGCGGCACUAUGAUGCCUGCAACUUACGCACCAUGUGGUGGAUGCUGCGGCUGCGGUUACGGAUAA